GCGAGCCGCUCAUACAGGAUUCGAGGCAAAGAGCAUAUACUUUGCCUUUCCCAAAACCAAUACCCGCGGGUAUUGGCUCAGUAAAAGGUUUGGAACGACUCGGUCAAUACUCGACCAUCACUACCAAGCUGCUUUUGUUGACAGGAGUCUUCUAGAAUGGACGUCAAACCCGAAGACAACAUGGAGGCGAAGCAUCGUGCGGUCCAGUUGACGGUGCGUCCGUCCAGAGGACUGGUGGACGAGAAGUUUGUCAUCACGGUCCAGAAUGCGCCCCCUGGCGUCCAGCUCACCGUCCACGCCUUCCACCGCUGCGAGGACGGACACGGCUGGGAGUCGUUCGCUCACUACGUGUCCGAUGUCGGCGGCGCCAUUGAUGUGUCCCGGGAUUCCAGCCAGGGGGGGACGUACUCCUGGGUGGAACAAAUGGGUCUCAUGUGGAGCCUCAGACCAGUUCCGGGCAGCAAACCUGGACUCAGGUUGAGGAAGAUGAACGUGGAGACCCCGAUGGAGUUCACCAUCUCAGUUCAUGGGGGUUACAUCACUGAGGGCUUCAUGGACCGGGUGGCGCUGGCCUCUCAGGUAGUGGAGCGCUGGUACAUGGCACCCGGCGUCCGCAGAAUCCCCGUCACUGAGAACGGACUUUCCGCGACCCUCUUCCUGCCUUCAGGAUCUGGACCGUUCCCUGGAGUUUUGGACUUAUGGGGGGGCGGAGGGAGUUUAGUGGAGAUCCGUUCGGCGCUGCUCGCGUCCCACGGUUUCGCCUCGCUGGCCCUCAACUACCUGAGCCCCAGGAUCAGCCAAGAAACGGGCAAGAUGGUGGACGACUCGUACUUUGAGACGGCGCUGAGAGUCCUGCAGCGAGACCCCAACGUGGUCGGCACCAGGACGGCCUUGGUGGGGCUCUGCCUGGGCAGCAGCUUCUGCCUCAAGAUGGCCGCUUACUCCUCGCCUCAGCCUCGGUGUUUGGUGUGCGUCAGCGGGACUCACGUGAUUCCAUCGCCGGAAACGUUUGAUUACGGAGCGUCUGCAAAGUGUCGCUACAACCAAGACAACGAGGUGAUCUCUCGUGACGUACUGCUGCCGCUUCUCGCCAACCCCGCCCUCAAAGUGGACGUGGGACGACUGAGGUGUCCUCUGCUGCUCAUUGUUGGCCAAGACGACCAGAACAUCCCCUCCUAUGAGUCUGCUAUGGAUAUGAAGGCGAUGAUGGAGCAGGCAGGGAACAGCCACCUGCUGACGGUGGUGUCGUACCCGCACACCGGUCACCUGAUCGAGCCUCCAUACUCGGCCCACACCAGAUCCAGCUUCUUCCGCUCCGUGGUGGCGGGACAGAAGACUGCAUUCACUUUCAAGGCGCUGUGGGGUGGACAGACAGCCGCUCACAGUCACGCUCAGGAGGACGCCUGGAAGAAGAUGCUGGACUUCCUGUGGGAGCACCUCUACUGCGGCGUGGCCCCGCCCAGGGCACACCUCUAAAGUGACCAUUUGCGCGGGAACCCGGAACUCAAAAAAACUAUCGACGUCCUUAUAUUGCACUUGAUGCACAAUCCGCUUCUCACCAGCAGGGGGCGGCAAUGUAUUAGUUUCACACUAAUAAAUUCUUAUUGAAUACAAA